AUGCCAUUGGUUACCAUCAACACCUCAAUUAUCGAGUCUUUGAAGAAGGCCGGCGUUAUUCCUGAUGUUCUCGACCCCUUCGAUGCCACCGCCAUGGUCAACGUCACUUACGGCAACAAGGAUGUUACUUUGGGCAACAAGCUUUCAGUCGACGAAACUCAGAAACAGCCUGACCUGAGGAUCAUCCCUGAGGGAGAGGAUGAUGCUACUUACUCGCUGAUCUUGACUGAUCCCGAUGCCCCCUCCCGGGAAGACCCUAAGUGGGCACAAUACAUCCACUGGGGCGUUUCCGGUGUAAAAUUUGGUAACAUCGAAUCCUUUGCCGCCAAAGCCGCCGAAUCAGGCGAGCUCGGUCCUAUCGACUUCUCCGGAUUCAAAACGCUCAAGCCUUACGAAGGUCCCGCGCCCCCAGAGAAGACCGGGUUCCACAGAUACUGCUUUAUCUUGUUGCGUGAGCCUGCCUCGGGGAAGGUGCCUGAGUUACCGAAGGAGAGGAAACAGUGGGAGGGUGUCAGGGAAUGGGCGAAGAAGGGUGAAUUGGAGCCUGUUGGAGCGAACUUCUUUUAUUGCCAGAACGAUAAGCAGUGA